UUAGGCAGGAUGUCACGUGUGGGACUGGACUGGCAAAACAAUCUUCUGGAGCUGCAGCGGGCACCUUCAACAUCCUGUUGGGCGCUGAAAGGACCAUGCCGUACGUUCUCAUCAGCACUCAGAUCCGCAUGGAAGUUGGACCUACAAUGGUUGGUGAUGAACAUUCAGAUGUAAACUUGAUGAACUAUCUAGGGGCCAUUAAAAGAAACAUGUUGGGAAAUCAUUUCUGGGAAUAUUAUGUGAAUGAUGCUCCACGGAUCGUCUUGGACAAGCUGGAGAAGUAUGGUUAUCGAGUGAUCAGCAUGACAGGAGUGGGGCAGACACUGGUGUGGUGUCUUCACAAAGAAAUGACAGAGAAUUGUGCUUUUCUUCCUUCCCAGAACACUGCUGUAAACCACCCAGCAUAAGCUUGAAAUGGCAUUGCUCAUCUUCAGGCAUUGUAAAGUGACUUGAUCAAAACCUGGCUUUAAAAUCAUAAGCACCACUACAUCAUUACGAAAAGCAUCAUUCUAAGAAGCUUCACAGCUCUUUGCCUGGAACUUUCCUAAAGAGAUGCCAUUAUUUCAGAUGCCAAUCUGAAACUGGCAGUAUUAACUUCUUAUCUCCACUUUAUUAACGAUGACAACUUGGCAUUAAAUCCAUUAAAUCAGUAACAGUCUCAGGUUAGAUUAGGUGUGACAUACCAGAGAAGAAUGCUCAUGCACAAAACGGCUGUCAAUAUUGAUAGGGACAUUGUUACCAUACAAAUUUACCUCUAUAAAUUACAUGAUGUGCUUAAAGUAUAUUAGUGUCCCCAUUCAAGAGUGUGACUCGAAUCUCGAGAUUGUGAUAUGUGGUUUUUCUAUUAUCUCUAGAUGGUAUGUCUUAAAAUAGUACAGAAAAUAUUUAAAUAGUUCCGUAUAGUUUUUAAUUGUACCAAUUUGCCUUUUCAUCGUUAGGAUGAUUUACACUCUGUCUGCUGAAAACCAUUCGUAAGUAGCUCAUAAAAUAGUAAAAAAAAUAGUAAAAUCAAUUUAACGUAUCUCAAAUUGUUUGUUAUCAGGCAGUUUUAAAAUGCCACAAAAACCUGUAACAUACCAAUUGACAAUCUUGAACAAAAGUCUGAAAUGAUGAGUAUCCCAAAGGGGACACUUGUAUACUGGCAGGUAAUGGGACUAAUAAUACACUGAUCUACUGCAGCAAUUCUCCCUCAUUCAAGGAGCUGUGUUAGUUUCACCUUGUUUUGUUGCUGAACUGGAAGUGCCAAAUAAUUAAUCAUCUUUGGAACAAUUUAUUUUGGUUUAGAUUGCACUGUCAAUACUGGGAUAGGUGGUUCAGUUUCCUUGUGAUGUAGGUGGCUAUGAAUGACCACCAGUGAUAUUUAGAGUCCUAGAUAAGAAUUGAGAAAAUGGGUGAGAUCACAAUAUAGCCAUGAAAUUGAGCUUGUAACCGGCUUUCAACCAAAUGAAUUUCACA